GGGUUCUUUCUUUUUUCCAUUUUAAAGAAAAGAAGGAACAAAAAUGAUUCAACUCUUGGUUGGGUUUGGAGUGUUCAAAGUUGUGGACUCAAGGCAUCCUGAGUACAAAAAGGGUGACUUAGUUUGGGGCUACACUGAGUGGGAAGAAUAUACUCUCCUUAGUAUGCCUCGUCUCACUGCUUAUGUUGGGCUGCAUGAUGUUUGCUUUCCUAAGAAAGGAGAAUACGCAUACAUUUCAGCAGCAUCUGGUGCAGUUGGUCAGCUUCUUGGGCAGUUUGCCAAGUCAGCGGGUUGUUAUAUAGUUUGAAGUGCUGGAAGCAAAGAAAAGGUCGAUCUGCUGAAGAACAAAUUUGGGUUUGAUGAGGCUUUCAAUUAUAAAGAAGAGAAUGACCUCGAUGCUGCUUUGAAAAGGUUCAAGGCCAAUUUGAUGAAAACGUUGUACUAGACAGAUCCUGCAGCAUUGACUGAAAAAGUUGCUUGUGACUCCUCAAUGUAUGACAGUUUCCUGAAAACACAGAUCAAAUGUGCAAUCUUCAUGUGUAAUGUCAACAUGUCUUCUUUUCUUAAGUUUCUAAGAAUCCACAAGUUUUUUGUGCAACAAAUAAUCCCUUUUAGAGAUGGUUCAGAUAAGAUUCAUUACUUGUUUGUUUAUUCAUAAAAGUAAAUCGUAGAUUUAAUU